CGAUUGCCUCCAUCCGCUCGCUCCAUCCCCAUCCGUCUCUCUGUCACUUCUCCCAUCCUGUCUUUCAGUGUCUAUUUUUGAUCUGCAUAUCUGAAGAGCUUGAUACCUUUCGUUGUCUGAUUUUUUGUUGCAUCCCCUCCAUUGGCCCCUCAUGGCAUCUCAAAGCGCCUUCUUCUCGGCCAUGACCAACCGGUCGCUCCGUAACGUCCGAUCGGAGCUUGAGUUCCUCGCAGAUUCAUCAGUCAUUACUCCCCAACAACUCUCAUCAAUUCUAUCGCAACUACCGAGGGAGGAUGAGCGCAGCAGAGCCCCCGUGCCUCAGCAGCAGCCGCCAGUGCAGCAGCCACCGGUGGUUGCCCAGCAGCCCCCAGCCCCAUACUCUCCUCCUACGAACCAGUUUGCGAACACUUCCUUGAACGAGAAGGCCACUUAUCAGCAGCCUCCUCCGCAACAAUAUUCAACCCCGCCUGUUCCGCCACCCGCUUAUCCCCAAGCUCCACCGGUGCUCUCUGUCGCUUCGGCGCUUUAUGCGUAUACCCCGACGGAUCCGGGAGAUUUGGCUCUGCAGCCAAAUGACCGUGUUCAAGUUUUGGAACACAUGAAUGCCGACUGGUGGCGUGGUCGUAACGAGCGGACCAACCUGGAGGGUAUCUUCCCUCGGAGCUACGUGAACGUGCUAAAUGAAAAGGCCGUUGCGUCUCCUCCCCCGACCAACUACGGAAACAUGCCUCUGGAAGUCAGCCAGAGUGGCUCGACGCCCGGCGAAGAGGGCAAGAAGUCCAAGUUCGAGGAACAGGGCAAGAAGUUUGGCAAGAAGAUGGGCAAUGCCGCCAUCUUCGGUGCCGGUGCUACCAUGGGUUCGAAUCUUGUCAACAGCAUCUUCUAGAUGCUUCCGCCAGUCGAGACUCAGUUUGUUCUAGGGCUUUGACUACAAGUCAGAGUGGCGUUCUGUGAUGGUUUUCGCUCUUUUUUUAAUUUGAUCAUGGAAAUGGCGUUGGUGGUUUGAUUCCUUCUCAUUCUUAUUCGGAAGAACCGUCCAGUUCGGGUCAGUUGGGAUAGCGCGUCGAAAGUGCUUGGGUUAAUGAGCAGGGUAUUCUUAGUCAUAGAAGUAACUGAGUGUGUUUUCCAAGCAAAGGUGGUAGUCCAUCACGGGUUUAUCACUACUGUAGUAUCCGGGACGAAAACCAACAAAUAAGCCCGCCCCUUCCC